UUGUUUUUAAAAAAAAAUUGUAAAAAAAGUUGUAUUCUUUCAAAAAAUCAACUUUUCGUUAAAGAUGUUUAAACGUACGAAAAUCUUUGGGCAAUUUUAAAUUUUUAAUAAAAGUAUGAGUAACCAAAUAAUUAAAUAUUUGUGGAUUUUUUACUUUAUGUUUUGCGGUUUGUUUUAUCAAGUUAAUUUGUACCCGGAGAAUGGUUUUAUGGUUAACCUUGAAAAUUAUCAGACAAGUUAUCGUCAUCACGAAAGUAAUAGUAAUCAGCCAUUAAUAAUAUCAUUAGAUAAAUGGGCAUUGCUAAAUGGAUGGCGAAACAAGCAAUCAACAAAAGGUGUUUUUGUUGAAGGGUUUCACAUUAAAAAUGAAUCAACGUUUUAUGCCACAAGACCAGGGUUAUAUUUUGUAUCUUUACAAAUUCACUUUCAAAAGCCUGUAUCUGGUGCAUUUUUCAUGACAAAGAUAUCAGUGACAGCAAAUUUUCAAACAAAGUGCUAUAUAAGUGAAGAUUUCAAUCAAAAUUACACAAAAACUCUUUAUUCUAAUUGGGUUGUUUUAAUAGAUGAAGCAGCUAGCGUUCAAGUGCAUAUUUUUUCUUCAGCAUUUAUAAAUGUUUUAUCAAAAUCAAGUUUCACUAUGCAAUUUAUUUGUUCAUAUCCCCACUCGUUAGGUUUUCUAGCAUCACCAAAACUGAUGAAAGUUUUACCUGGAGCUGAAAAACAAUUGUUAGUAAAUUGGAAAGCUAAUAUUGAUGUUGGAAAUGUUUUUUCUAAAUCAACAGGAAACUUUAUAGUACCCAUUGAUGGCUUUUAUUUAAUCAGUCUUAAUCUUGUUCUGGUCAAUGCUAGUGGUGAGAUGAGUGUUUACUUUAGUGAUUGUUAUGCCUCUGAAGACAUUUUAUACCAUUCACAUUCAUACAGUAAUAUUUCAAAAACUAUUCCAAUUGCAUUGGUUAAAAAAUAUUUUUCUACAACAAAAUUGACAUUUAAAGUGACUGUUGAAAAUGGAGGAGUUGUUUCAUCGAAAUCUCAGUACUCCAUAUUUUUUAUUGAAAGCCUUACAUGGAAUCCUCUACAUGACCACUUUUUUUUUUUUUUUAAUUUAAUGAAUGAAGAAGUAGUAAAGAAUACUGGUGAACUUGUUAAAAAUUACUAGUUGGAACAUCAACACAAAUUUUGUAUACUUUAAUGGUGCUUUUCAAAUUGCAUCUACAGGAUAUUACUUUGUCAGCCUAAAGCUGGUUAUGUUUAUUAACGAAACAGCAAUAAUAAAAGUUGGCUUUUCUUUAAAUGGCGAAGAAAAGUCUUCAAUUUCUAUUAAUACAUCAUCAAGCUCUAAUAUAAUAUCUGUUGUCAAUGUAUUAUUCAUUAUGCAAAAAGAAUCUUUGUUGUGUCACAUUGAAACAUUAUCUAGCCUAACAAUUUUACCUUUAAGUUCUCUAACAAUUUUUAGAAUUCCAUUUCCGCUCAGUAACUCUUUAUAUAUUAAUAAUGCUGGGAACAGUAGUCUUCAAAAAAAUAGUCACCAAAGGUAUAUACAAUUUAAAAAAGCACUUGUUGGACACCAUACAAAAGUUGUUUUGAGUACAGACAUGCUUAGUUUAAAAGUUACUCAAGAUGGUAUUUUUUAUAUUGUUAUAAAUUUUUUUAGCGAAAAAACACAAGAAACGAAAUUCAAUUUUAGUUUGGUUUACAAAAGCAAUACAUUACAACAGAAUAUCUGGAAAUGUGUUCAUGAAGAUUUAUCCUCAUGUUUUUUACCUCUUGUUUUGCUAUUAAGAACAUCUGAUUCACUUUCUAUUCUUCAAGAGUGUUUGUCACCUUUUUUCUGUUUAGAAAAUGAAAUUAGUAUUCUUUUUGAAAUACAGUAUUUAAAUAUUUUUGAGGACUCUGUUGGUUUAUCUCUUGCAAAUGAGAAAAAUGAUGCAUUAGAAAAAAACAAAGACAUUAUGCUUACUUUUAAAGAGCCUAACCAAAGAUCAGUAUUUUUUUCAAAAAGUAUUUCUUUGCAUAAAGAUAAAAUACAGAUUAUUCAUCCUGGUGUUUAUAGCAUUACUGCAGUUUUUUACAUUGAUGCUAGUGUUUUUUUUGAUUUUAUGGAAAUAACUCUAGAGUUGCAUUUACAUUCUGGUUUUAAAUUAAAAAAGUAUUAUUCGUAUCAAGCAAAUGCAAACUCUAAAUUUUUAACAAUUUCAAUUGUAAAAAUAUAUUACUUAAACCAAUAUGAUUGUCUGCAAUUCUUUGUUAAACAUAAUUUGAAUGACAUAAAUGUAGUCAAAGAACAUUACGCUGUGUCAGUUUUUAUGCUUACCAAUAAACAAUCCCAACUUGCUACUGCUGUGAUCUCUCCAACUUUUGCCAAAUCUACUGGUGACAUUAUUUUUACUAUUCCAAAAUAUAGCAAGCCCAGUCAGUUUGUUAAUUUUUUAUAUGAUUUUGUUGCUUUGAAAACAUUUGUUGCUGUUACAUCAGUUGUGUUUCAUUUGAAACUUGAGUCAUUAAAUAAUUUUGCUGAACAAUUUGUUGAGGUUUAUAUGUCUAAAAAAGGUCAGAAACUGUUGCCUCAUUUUAGUGCAACCAAAAGGUUAUUUACUUGGUCACCCCAAGUAACACUGCAAUUCUCAGGAGUUCUUCUUUUUCAUUUUGGUGACAUUAUUCAAAUCAACUUUAAAGUUUCAGAUGGUUUAAGGUUUGAAGUCUUGGAUGGAACUUCUGUUAUGUUUGGAAUUUUGGAUGGGAUCUCCGAAAAUGUUAAGAGUGCAAGUUAUUUUGGAUUUUCUAACUUAAUUCUCCCUGAAACUGUACCAAUUAAUGCUUCAAGUGUUGUUGGUAAACCAGGUAUCUAUGUAAUUAUGUUGAAAAUUUCAUCACAAAUCAAUAAAAAUACUAGUCAACUUUUAAACUUUAAUAAUCUUCAUGAUGAAAUUAGUAAAAUAUGGGAUGUGACACAAAUAACACUUGUAACAAUGAGCAAUAAAACAAACGAGUUGAUGCAAUUUGUUUGCACUUAUUGUGAUAAUAUUGAAAUAAUGUUUUUGGCUAAUCUUGAAGGUGAGGAGAACAUAAUAGCAUCAAUAAAUACAUCAAUGUUUCAUGUAAAUGUUUAUGCUGUUUAUCAUGGGAAUGAGUUGAAAAAUUUUGAAAGUUUUAACUUCCAACACAAUAUGUUGUAUUGUAAUGCAAAAGCAAAGUUUCAUGCUGUGUAUGAAUUUGAAUAUCGAGCUUAUUUUCAAGGAAGAUAUUUACUUAUUGCAAACUUAUUUACUAAUGAAAACAGCUCAGUUAUUCUGGUAAUAGAUGGCAAAUUGGAUGACGGAGAGGCUUUUACAACAACUAUGAUAAAAGAAAACUUGUUUGUUCAUCAAUUCAAUAAGCAUGUUUUCUUAAAUUUGCAUCAAUUUAUGGAACUUUACAUUGUAUGCACUAAAGAAAGUGAGAUAAAUUUGCUUAAACAAAGCAAUAUUGCAGUAUAUAGAGAUGGAAUUUUGUUUGAAUUGUUUAAUACAAACAUACCUGUUAUAUAUGUCCAACCUAGCAAUCUUAUAUAUGUCCAACCUAGCAAUGAAAACAAUUUUUCCCCUUUGGUAAAAAACUACCAAUGUAAAGCUUAUGGAAACAAAGAUUUAAACUACAGAUGGAACAAAAUUUUAAUUAAUUCUGGUCAUCAAAUUUUAAAUGUAUCUACCUCUAGUAUGUUAACAUUAAGUAGACCAUCUGAUUCUGGUCAUUACUUUUGCACUGCUUCAUCUCAAGGCUACGAGAUUGAUUCUAGUAUUGCCACUUUUUUAUUACAAGAUAUGUGCAAGUCAAAUAUUAAAUUUGGGUAUAAAGAUGUUCCACAUUGUAAUAGUUUAGCAGAAUGUGUUAGCAAUGGAAAAUCAUACUAUUGUCUCUGUAAAAAUGGAUACUAUGGUGAUGGAUUUAAAUGCGAAGAUAUUGAUGAGUGCAAGCAAGAAAAUAUUUGUGGAAAAAAUUCAGUUUGUAAAAAUUUAAAUGGAACAUUUUCUUGCUUAAGCAAGAUUGAUGUUGAAUCCAUGAGUGGAUCAAAUCAUUUUAUCAAUGGAUCAAAUGAAUUAAAUAAUACAUCAUAUAAACUUACAAAUGGUUCUAAAACAUUAAUAAAUGGGUCAAGUUUUCAUGCUGAUAAUUGUCCUUCUUAUUGUCAAACAAAAUAUUUAGUGUCAUGGAUUGAACAGAAACCAUACAUAAGUUUUGAUUUAUCUUCAUUCCAAGUAAAUGGCUUAAUUAAAGAUAUACUUGAUUUAAUAAUUAAGGAUGUUUGCAUGAAGUGCUCAAAUGUUUUUUUUGAAAGGCCUUUAAUCAAUUCAAAAGAUUUAUUAAUGAAAACUCAGUCAAAUACUACAGACUUUAUUUUUUCAAAAUUUCAAAGAUUUUAUGAAGAUCAAAGAUUUCUACCAUAUCCAUUCAUUCCUAUCAUUGAAAGAACAAAAGUAGCAUUUUUUAUGAAAGACGACUAUUUAACAAGAAGAUUUUACAAAAUUUUUUUGAUUCCGUUUUCUUUAUUUUUGUUGAUGGUUUUGAUUGGUAUAACUAUUUGGUUUGUUGAUAUUUUAUCUAAGCAACUUAAAGACAGUUCAAGCAAAUACAGACCAAGUUUUUCAAACGAGUUUUUCAAAGGAUCAUACCAAGGUUUUUGUUGGACUAUUGCUAUACUUACUAAUGUUUGUGUUAAUGUUAACAAAUCGCCAGGAAAUCCAAUUUCAAAAAUAUUUGGAAUAAUGUGGAUGUUAAUGAGCUUUAUAAUGGUAUCUAUGAUUACUGCUUGUAUCGCUGUUGUGAUGAUGCCACCAUUAAAUAGUAAUACUGAAAAUCUGCAUGGUUUAAAAAUUGGGGCAAUUAUUAACAGUACAGAAUUUCAACUGGGGUUUGAAAGAAACGCUAAAGUUAUUGGAUAUCAUUCUGUUGCUGAUAUUAUUGAAGCAUUAACUAUUGGUAAAAUUGAUGGAGCAUUACUUGACACAUUAAUUGCUAGAGAGUAUCAAAAAGAAUUUUCGAACUUUAAGUUUCAAGGAAUGAUCAAAUAUGAUUUCAUUUAUGGUAUGGUCCUUGCAAGGAAUGGACUAAAAUUAGAAGUAUUUAUAAAAAGUUACAUCAAAGAAUACCAAUCUACUAUAUAUUCAAUUUUAUCAAAAACUGUUGUUGAUAAAGAGACAAAAAGUAAAAAUCUGCAGAAGUAUAUGAAGAAAAGUUUGUUCGAUUUCCACUCACUGUUAUAUUAUCAACUCAUGUUGUGUAGUAUAGCGCUUAUUACAUCAUCAAUUUUGGUUGGAUUUUUAUUUGAAAAUUUUAUUUUGAGAAAGCGAAAGCGAAAAAUAUCUUCAAAAAAUGCACAAUCACUUUUAAAUUCACCUAAUGUUGUGUGGCGUGGUUAUAAAAUAAUCGAAUAUCAGAAGUUUUGUUUCAAACACGAAAUUUCAUGUUUAAAGAAACAGAUUAGUUGCUACAUGCAUAACUGGAUUGAUCGGUUAGAAAAUAUCGAAUUAGAGCAUGCGCAAAAACUAAACACAGCAGAAAAGUGGUUAAGUAAAAAAAGAUAACGCAUUUUCUUUUUCCAAAAUAUUUACCACAACUCGCUUUUGUUAAUUCAACAGAACUUUGAGACCUAUCUAAAACUUUUAAUUUUCGAUAUAUAUAUAUAUAUAUAUAUAU